GGCAGGUGAUACUGGGCAACGGACGCUGAGCAAGGAGGACCCAGAGCUCACACUGAACACAGACUCUGAGCACACACCCACACACAUAUACACACACCUGUGACUCCAGCAGAGUUUUUAGACCAGUACAGAGGAGGACUUUGGAAGAGGCACUAUUACAAACCCCUAAUUUCCUGCUGGCCUCUCGGAAGACGGUUGACUUUGACUGCAGCAAAAUGCAUUUUCGAGUGCAAAGGGAGUGAGCUGAGCCAGAGAGAUAAAACAGGGAUCAUCUGACAUCUUCUUCAUACAACAGAUAAUUCUGAAGUUAAGAACAGAUCAAGAAAAAGUAAGAAAGAGCUGACAAGUCCAGAGGGGACUCGACAAAGGAGGGUUAAAUAUUCCUGAAGAUGGAACCGCAGAUUUGGCAAAUGCAGGUUGCCCCUCAAAUCUCUCCUGGAGAGCUGAAAAAGAAGGUGUCAAUCAUGAGCCAGCCGGAGUGCUCCAUCUGCUACAACACCUACGACAAUGUCUUCAAAACACCCAAGCAGCUGGACUGCACCCACACAUUCUGCCUGGAGUGCCUCUCCCGCCUCAUGGCCGUCUCGCUGAGUGACCAGGAGGAUUCCGGCGGCAGCCCCCGCCUCUUAUGCCCCUUCUGCCGCCACCCCACCAUGCUGCCUGAGCAGGGGCCCCCCGCCCUCACCACCAGCCGAGAGGUCCUCUGCAAGCUGCCCAGCCACCAGCAGCAGGAGGAGCCGGUGUGGCUGGAGGGGGAGAAGCUGUGCUACAAAAGCUCCAAGCAAGACCCCAGCUUUGGCUCCUCUGAAAGCCCCUCGUCCUUCUGCAUCUGCAUUGACAUUGGGGCCAGCAAGGUGAUAGACGCUCCGAUCCAGACGGGGCCCCAGACUUAUGGGCUGCUGGCCCGGCUGGCGGACUGGAAGAGGCUGGUGCUCUUCAUGGUGCUCAUCGUGCUGCUCAUCGUGGUUGUGUUAUGGCCCCUGCAGUGUGUGUUCAGCACUGGGAACAUGCGCUGUAUACGGGGUCACGUCAUCCUGAACCCCACUACCACAACGACCACCACCCUCAGCCCCUUCACCAAAACACACGGUCGGACACAGUGAACUUUAGACUGACUGGACCUCAAUAUAAACGCACAUUAUAUUGUAUGUGACAAAUUUCACCAAAUUGCUCUUUUGCCACAGAUGUUAAAGCCACUUUGUGUGGCCUAUUUAGAUGUCGGGCUUUAGCAUCCCCUAGUGUUUGGUUUCAAAAUGGGUGGGAUGAAAGGGUUGAAAGAAACAUAGACUGAACUAAUUUUCACUUUUUCUGUUAUUGUGUCAUGUUCCAUUAGCUUGAUUUGAAUUAAAAAAAUAUGUUAUCCUUAACAACUGUCAUUACAUGUGAAUUUAGGCUUUGAAACUCAGUGGUGCAAGAUGACCUCUGACAGGCACUUUGGCUCGAAUUGUGUUCAGUGACACAGACAUUGACAGAAUCCACAUUUACAGAGCGUACUAGAUAUCAGAUGACAGAGCACGAGUGGGUUGAUAUGUGCAUACAAACAGGUAUUUCCAAAUGAAAAAGUUACAUUUAUUUUUUUAUUCAGUUAUUUUGAACUUUGAUUUGUAAAUAUAUGGAUUUAUUUUCAACAAAUAUUCAAGUUUACUGUAAGGGUUAGUAAGGUCACAAAACAGGAAAUGAAUGUAAACCCAAUGUGCCAACAUGAACUUUUUAAAGUGUGCCUUUCGUCAUGGCCUUGUUUACAGAAGAUAAUAAAAAGGGAGACUUUAGCUUGAAUCAUGUUUCUAGGAAACUUUGGUGCCUCAUUAUUUAGAUUAGGAUCAUUUCAUGACAUUUGGCACUUUGUUAGGUAGUGGUUUAAUCUGUAUGAAAGCAGGUGUCUCAAAUUCCCCUUUAAGUAGCACACAGCUCCUGACGGGCUUAAACGCAAAUAGAAAAUAGGUGCCAUUUCCCAGAGCGCUGUUUAUUAUUUCCUCCCUAUCUGACCCUUGAACCAAAAACCAUAAAAGACAACCCUUCCUUCAGAUUGGAAGGAAGGAAGAGCCUUUAUUUUUAUUCCGGCUUUAGGUGCGUCAGAUAAAGGAAAAGUUUGGAUUGGGGGGUUUUCCAAAUACCUCACUUGUGACACAUCUAUGGACAAUUCACGCUAAAUUAUCACAGUCAUUUAGGAGCAGCCGUAAUAAAGUGCUACUUCCCUGAGGAAUUUACAGUAAACAUGGUUAAACAAUACAUGCAGAUAGAUUAGAAAAAGGCUCAGUCAUCGCUUCAAAAUGGAUUGUGGAAAAUAUAUCCUAAAUCAGAACGACAAUAAUAACUAUUUAUGUAAAGAACGAGUAAAAAGUUCUUGUUCAUUGGCUUUAUUUUUCUCUAGGGAAUUUACACAUUUAUAAAAAAGGAUAGCCAAAUAUGAAAUGGUCUUUGCAUUCCAAUGAAGCAGAAUUAAACUGUUUCCUUGUUGAUAGCAUGGCCUAUUUAGAUGUCGGACUUUAGCAUCCCCUAGUGUUUGGUUUCAAAAUGGGUGGGAUGAAAGGGUUGAAAGAAACAUAGACUGAACUAAUUUUCACUUUUUCUGUUAUUGUGUCAUGUUCCAUUAGCUUGAUUUGAAUUAAAAAAAUAUGUUAUCCUUAA